AUGGAUGUUGGGAGGAGGCCACACUUUGAACGCGAGACAGACGCCGGCAGAAAAGAGUGGCGGUGGGCGACGGCGGUAUGGUUUGGUAUGGUCUGGUACGGGGGUGUGACGGUACGCCGCGUACGGUCCUGGACCUGUUCGACGAGUGUUUCGCGAUCUCUGCUUCAACCAAGGAAUACCAAGUGUGGAAGCGAAAGUCCAUUCCUGGGUGGAUUUGAAGAGAAGCUGAAGGGACAGCCAGAAUGGCCUAGCAAUGGUUGUAGGGAAAGGCGCAAGAGGCGAUGCCAGGAUGGUGAUAUUUAUCCGGUUCAAAUUAAAGAAACCAAUUAUACUGACCAGAUGGCUUUCAUAUAUCUUCAAUGUUGUAAUAAGUUGCAGGCGCAUACUCCAUUAAGAGGAGAAGAGCACUUUGAAAAGAGUAUGGCGAUGGUUAGGCUCGAAGCGAGAGAGAUCUCGAAUCAAAUGACAAGACUACCCGAGAAGGCGACGGCACAAUAUUAA